AUGAUCAAAUGUUAUGACUUACUUCUCUAUAUAUGGCAGUGCUUUGUUUUGUAUUUUUUGGAUUUUGUUUGCAAACGAUAUGACAAGUCACUGCAGGGAAUACCAACAAAUGAGUUUGUAAAUGAGAAUCAUCACGAAGCUUCUUCAUCAACGUGUCAUAUACCAACAAAUGAUUCUACACCUUUUAAUUUUACUCCAAGACCACAUACUGCAAGUGAUAUGUUAGAUGAUGAAGACUCAUCUGAUGAUUAUUCAAGUGAAGAAAUUGGUGAAUAUCAAAAGAGUUAUACAUUAUACAACACCGUGUUUGCAUUCACAUCGCCUGAAAUGAAAAUUGAUAACAAUCAAAGAGGCAGAGGACCGCCUAUCAUAAGAAUUCAGGGACAAACUUGCCAUAGAAUUGGAAGCAUGCUUCCUUUUCCUGGACAUUCACCAAAGUUUUCACAGUUAUACAUAUACGACACCGACAAUGAGAUUGGUAAUAGGAUGCAAAGUUUUGGCAACAACUCUAAUAUUCUGCCAGACACUGUUGAAAAGUUGAAAUGUAUGUUGGGUGAUGUCAAACCACAUGCAAAGUCUUUUCGAAUGGAAGCUGAAAGAUUAAAGCACUGUGAAUUUUGUGAUCUAAAGUUAAAUUUAAUUUUUAAAAGACCCGCGGUUGGACGGAUUUACAACCAACCAACAGUUUCAGAGGUAGUUGCACUUAUUGUUAGUGAUGUUGAUACAGAGAAUAAAAGAGAUAUCAUACUUGAAAGACAGAGUGGUAGAUUGAAAAUAAUUAGUGAGUUUCAUCCAAGUUAUAUGGCAUGUCAGUAA